CGGCGGCGCCUUUGAUGUUCCGACCCGCCAGCUCGCGGAGCCGCUCUGCCCCGCGCCCUAGCCCGCGCCUGCAGCCCGCCCAGGCGGAGUCAGCCCGCGCUCCGCCCGCCGCCCGCCGCGAUCCGGGCUCGGAGGUUCGGACUCCGGGCUCGCCGCCCCCCGGGCCGGCUCCGCGCCCCGCACUCCCGGCGCCCAGCGCCCCGCGCCCCGCGCCCCGGCGGGCGGAGCGCACCAUGCCGCAGCUGGACUCCGGCGGGGGCGGCGCGGGCGGCGGCGACGACCUCGGCGCACCGGACGAGCUGCUGGCCUUCCAGGAUGAGGGCGAGGAGCAGGACGACAAGAGCCGCGACAGCGCCGCCGGUCCCGAGCGCGACCUGGCCGAGCUCAAGUCGUCGCUCGUGAACGAGUCCGAGGGCGCGGCCGGCGGCGCAGGGAUCCCGGGGGUCCCAGGGGCCGGCGCCGGGGCCCGCGGCGAGGCCGAGGCUCUCGGGCGGGAACACGCUGCGCAGAGACUCUUCCCGGACAAACUUCCAGAGCCCCUGGAGGACGGCCUGAAGGCCCCGGAGUGCACCAGCGGCAUGUACAAAGAGACCGUCUACUCCGCCUUCAAUCUGCUCAUGCACUACCCACCCACCUCGGGAGCAGGGCAGCACCCCCAGCCGCAGCCCCCGCUGCACAAGGCCAAUCAGCCCCCCCACGGUGUCCCCCAACUCUCUCUCUACGAACAUUUCAACAGCCCACAUCCCACCCCUGCACCUGCGGACAUCAGCCAGAAGCAAGUUCACAGGCCUCUGCAGACCCCUGACCUCUCUGGCUUCUACUCCCUGACCUCAGGCAGCAUGGGGCAGCUCCCCCACACUGUGAGCUGGCCCAGCCCUCCUCUCUACCCCCUGUCCCCUUCCUGCGGAUAUAGACAGCACUUCCCUGCCCCCACUGCAGCCCCUGGCGCCCCCUACCCCAGGUUCACCCACCCAUCCUUGAUGCUAGGUUCUGGUGUACCUGGUCACCCAGCAGCCAUCCCCCACCCGGCCAUUGUGCCCCCCUCAGGGAAGCAGGAGCUGCAGCCCUUCGACCGCAACCUGAAGACACAAGCAGAGUCCAAGGCAGAGAAGGAGGGCAAGAAGCCAACCAUCAAGAAGCCCCUCAAUGCCUUCAUGCUGUACAUGAAGGAGAUGAGAGCCAAGGUCAUUGCAGAGUGCACACUUAAGGAGAGUGCUGCCAUCAACCAGAUCCUGGGCCGCAGGUGGCACGCGCUGUCGCGAGAAGAGCAGGCCAAGUACUAUGAGCUGGCCCGCAAGGAGAGGCAGCUGCACAUGCAGCUAUACCCAGGCUGGUCAGCGCGGGACAACUACGGGAAGAAGAAGAGGCGGUCGAGGGAAAAGCACCAAGAAUCCACCACAGACCCUGGCUCGCCUAAGAAAUGCCGUGCUCGCUUUGGCCUCAACCAGCAGACGGAUUGGUGUGGUCCGUGCAGAUAACUCUCUUCACUAUUCCUAGGAGGAAAAAGAAAUGCAUUCGGUACUUACCCGGAGAAGGCUGCUGCCCCAGCCCCGUUCCUUCCGAUGACAGUGCUCUAGGCUGCCCCGGGUCCCCAGCUCCCCAGGACUCACCCUCAUACCAUCUGCUGCCCCGCUUCCCCACAGAACUGCUUACUAGCCCUGCGGAGCCAGCACCUACAUCCCCAGGUCUCUCCACUGCUCUCAGCCUCCCAACCCCAGGGCCCCCACAGGCCCCCCCCCGCAGCACCCUGCAGAGCACACAGGUACAGCAACAGGAAUCUCAGAGACAGGCGGCCUAGUAGGCACAGGACACCUGGCCGCCUCCAGGAGCCUACCCCCUGAGAGAAAGUGACAGAGACCCAGAUCUCAUGGAAACUGGCCAGGGGUCCUGUUAACGUCAUCUCAGGGUCCAGACCCUGAAGAUUUCAGAGGCUGUAGAACUUCUGCCUGAACCUGGGGUCAUCGAUUCAAACUGCUCCAAGUGGUGGGAAUCAGAUCUGUCUUGAUGUGUCAUCUAAUUAAGGGAAUCCCUUGUACCCAUGGCUGCCUGCAUCUAUUCUUUGUACCAUCUGUCUUGCCAGCCAGAAGCCUCUGCCUCCCUAGCUUUUCUGCUAUAGGUCAGAGAUGGGCUGAACUGAGCCUAGCUACCUUCUCUACCCAUCUCCCCCAUCCCCCACUGCCACACCCUCCCCAUUCAGACACUUCAUGGACCAAGAAUGAGCUGGUUUGUCAAACAACAUGUGAGCAUGGUCACAACCACAAAGCUCAAGAUGACAGCUCUUCUAAGGAAAUGGGGAAGCUCUGUUUAUAAAAACAAAAACAAAACCAGCUGCUACUCAUAAGUUGGACCAGAGGAAGCCCCUUACUAUGAUCUCAGGAGCUUGCAAGAAGCAGGAAGGGAAAUGGAAUAGGUUAAGUUUAGGCCUAUCAACCUAAGCAACAGAAAUAAUCUGACACUACCUUAUCAGGCAAAUUGGGGAGGGGAGGGUGUAUCUAGCUCUAGUUCAAAUUAUUUGGAAGUGUUCCCUGAGAAACCCACCAGCCUAAGAAGCUCUGGCCCCAGGCUUGUCACUAGCAGCUGCAGUCAAUAGUUCAAAGAAGUCAUGGCCCAAAUCCAGUGUGCACCCCUCCCCAUUCACAGAGCCUUUUUCACAAUUCCAUUUCCAGUUCAUCUAUGGCAGUCCAGCCAGCUCCUGGGCAGCUUGAGAGGGCAAACCCAAAACCUCACGACAGCCAGAGCCUGUCUUUCAGCAUUCAGUCCAGGCCGGCUCCAGUUUCCCCAUGGGGCUGCGGGACAGAGGACCAUUACAACUAGAUCAAGGAGCCCAGAAAACCUCCAGUAGUGGACAACAGGUUUUCACCAUAGCCUACGUUAACCCAUUUUUGAGCCAAGCUUCAACCCUGAGCCUUGAAAAACAAGUCGUUUUUUUAAUUUAAUUUUUGUUUUUUGCCUCCUCACAUAGCCUAAAUCCAAAGAAAAAGGGCUGUCGGGCCAGGCGCGGUGGCUCACGCCUGUAAUCCCAGCACUUUGGCAGGCCGAGGCAGGUGGAUCACCUGACGUCAGUAGUUUGAGACCAGCCUGGCCAACAUGGUGAAACCCUGUAUCUACUAAAAAUACAAAAAUUAGCCGGACGUGGUGGUGCGCGCAUGUAAUCCCAGCUACUCGGGAGGCUGAGGCAGGAGAAUCACUUGAACCCGGGAGGCGGAGGUUCCAGUGAGCCGAGAUGGCGCUACUGCACUCCAGUCUGGGUAACAGGGAGACUGCAUCUCAAAAAAAAAAAAAAAAAAAAGGGCUGUCCAUGUACUCACACACCCCUCAAAAAAAGCCUUUAGUUCCUACUUUAGCCACUGGUUUCUCAGAAUCCAAAGAUCACAUAUUCUAGUGUAACACUGCAAGAAGUCUUGAGAAAAAGAUUAUUGUAGUGUUCAAAAUAUUUUUGUAUUGUUAAUGCAUCAUCAUAGAAAAACUUUUAAACAUGAGAAUAAAGAUACUUUUUACUGGGUUUGUUUUUCAAAGCCUGACCCUGAGGAAUAAGCUGUUUCAGUAACAGAGCAUGAUAUUCUUUCCUUUUCUUCUCCACAGUCAGGAAACUUGGAGUUUGUUUCCUAUGGUACAUAUGUUCCCAAACCUCCAGCCUGUAGAAACCAGGGAUUACACUUGUCAUCUCCCCUAAAGGGGUGUGGGCCCUGCUUGCCUCACCUGAGAGCUAUGCCUAUACUCCCAUUCCAAGCUUUGCUCUUAACCCCCAAUCCUCUGACCCCACAAUGAUGCAGGCCAGCCUGCUCCCCAGUGCUCAUAUAAGAAUAAAUGAGUCGCCAACUGCCAUCCAUAAAGGCUGACAAGACAAUUCAACCUGAAAUAGGUACACAUGACCACCAGGCUCCAUUUUCCUCUGAGGGCAGAGAGAAAAGAAAACAUUCCACAAGUGCAUAUCCUAUUUCAAGGAAAACGAGCAAACAGGAGUCUUUUAUAACCUAUUAGCACCAUAAAAUCCUAAAGGAGGAUUUUUUAAUAGCACCCCUUCCUCCCAAAGACUGCAUCUUUUUUUUUUUUUAAUUAUUAUACUUUACGUUUUAGGGUACAUGUGCACAACGCGCAGGUUAGUUACAUAUGUAUACAUGUGCCAUGCUGUGGGCUGCACCCAAAGAUGCAUCUGUUAAGACACAAAGUAUUUUUCAUAUUUUCACACAAGCCUUCAAGUUUGAUAAAUCUAUUACCCACUUUUUAAAAAGUCACAUACGCUGUUGGUGGACACGACAGCCACCAUAUCCACUUUAUUUUUAGAUUAUUUGUAUACAUUUAGGGGGUACAAGUGCAGCUGUGUUACAUGAACAUAUUGGGUAGCGGUGAGGUCCGGGCUUUUAAUGUGCCUCUCACCCAAACAGUGUACUGUGCAUGUAAGUAGUGUACAUUGUACUCAACAGGUAGGAUUUCAUACCUCAUCCAACUUUCAUCUCCCACCUUUUGAAGUCUCCAAUGUCUAUUAUUCCAUUCCGUAUCCAUAUACCAUGUGUACUCACUGUUUAGCUCCCUACAACCCACUUUUUACAUGAGUUUCUACCAAGUACACUGCUGUCUUCCUGAGACCUAUCAUGAAUGUAAAAGGUGUCAUGAAGGCACCUCAAUAGGUCAGUCAACAAGUAGAUGAUAAAUUCCAGACAAGAAGUAUUUCACAUGGGACAGCCACUGGGCCACCAUCAUGCAUUGUCAUUGUCACUCCACUGAGUUCUAUUUUUUGGAUUUUGUGUUUAAAGUAUAAAGAAAGUCAUUUUCCAGAGCAGCAUCUAUUUAAAGUAGGCCACUGGAAGUUGUAACCCCAGACUUGCUUUUGCUUCUGAGAGAGUGCUAGAGGACACUAGCCAUUCUCUGGACAUCUGUCCCAUUUUAAAGAAUUCUGUUCUGGCUACUGGCCUAGUUGUUUAAAAAACCUACAUUCUAACCAGGGCUUAUGCAAGACCAGGUUGCUGCAUCUGAUUUGGUGUCUCACUUAGAGUACACAGGGUACCUGAACAAUGCAGUCUUUGUGUAUUGGCGGGGAAGCCUUUGGCAACUCUGUUUAAAUCAGAUCAGCCUUUUUUUUUUUUUUUUAAUCUGACUUCAUAAAGGAAACUCAGAUCCUCCCAAAUCACCCUGGUGCAUUCCUGCAAGGCCAGAGGGUGACUUGAGAUUGCAACCUCAAGUUCAACUUCUAAUACCACACCAGUCCCCCUUCACUGCCAGCUGAGAACCAACCCUGUUUCCUGAGACAUCAUAAGACAAGAUACCUUAGCCUCCCUUGAACAUUUCCAGACAACUAGCAGACUGGCAACUUGGGUGAAAGACGUUCGUCCCUCCCCUGGUACAGCUGCUCCCCAUUUUGUUCUCAGUGGAUAUGGUGAGGGUUCAGCCCAGCAAGCAGACAAAGCCUAUGUCUCCCAACCUGAAGGUGUCUACUUUAACAGAACCCCAUGGAUGGACUCUCUUCUGACAUGUAAUUAUCUUUUGAAUGGCUCCUGUGGUCUCCCAUUCCUUCUGGCUGUGGACCCCCAACAGCUAGCUCAGAAGCACUGCACCCUAGCUUUGUUCAGUAUACAUAAGCCUGGCCAGGAAGGCCACAAGUAAAGGGAAGCGGAAGGGUUCUUUAUAUCCUGUUCCAGAGAGGAAGAAAGGGAAUCAGUUCCUGCAUUCGUUUCUCAGAAAACAGCACAGAACAGAAGGGGUAAGGGUAACAAGGCCAUGUUAAACUACUUCUUAGGCCUAUAUGUCAAAGUAGAAUUUAAGACCCAAAUCUAGUUAAUUGUAUAAAAUGGCUAAGUUGGCUUUUCUUUGAGGUUCUUUGAGAGUCAUUAACUGCGACUCUCAGAUCUCUUCAGAGCAUUUUUUAAGCUCUUCAGGGCUUUUAAGAGUUCACCAAGGGUUUCUGAAACAGCUGCCCACCCAAGCAGACCCUGGUUGUGUCAACUCCCCCAAUCCCAACUUAUUGUGAUAACCUUGUUCCAAAUCUCAAAUCACCCUGUGGGCAUCUUUCAAAUUCUGACUCCUGAGCUCUGCUCUAAUGGUUUGGAGCUACUAACAAACCAUUACUGGCAGUGAGCAUCUGAAAAUACUCAAAACGGCACGGAGUUUGAAAACAGGAAACAGAGAUGGUGGGGAUGUUCACAUACACAGUCCCUUAGAAUAAAAGCCUAGCUCAGGUCAGGAAGGAUUUUCAAGCUCUUAAAGAUAGCAUGGGAUUAGGCAUGUUAACUGGAAAGGGAAAACUUAUGUCCUGGGGGUGGGAACUAUAUUAUCACAAGCAGUCCUCACAAGUUAGGUCACUAUUGGUAAAGGGAUGUUUCACUUCUGAAGACAAGAUAGCAGCUGUGAAUUAUGCGGGAGAUAGUCCGGGCGACACUUCUUUCAUAUUCACCAGGGGCUCUGGACCAAGUCUUCCUUUUUCAUUCAAGUGUUCUCAUUCUUUUACCUGAAGCCUAGUUCUUUCAGGCAUGUGCAAUGUCAGGAAGCGGGGUGGGGGGCUUGGGGAGGGAAGAGGAAAAGCCAGGUUCCACUCACCAAAAAAAAAAUAAAAAUAAAAAAAAAUUUUUAAAAAGCCACUCUGGAAACCCUGCUUGAGUACUUGAGGAUACAGAGUACAGCUUCUCUAUUUUCCCACCCCUUUCCAUAAGCUUCCUGGAACAGAAAAAUCUGCAAAGCAACUGAAGAAGGCAGAGGUUGUGAAAUGGUACAUUCAGGAAAGAAAGGACAAAUAGGAAUUUUCACCAGAUAGGUGGGAGGUAUUCAAAGUGAGAGCACUUUAAGGAAAUAAGCUGAUCCUCAGUGUGCAAUAAGAGGCUGCUAUACAGCAGGUUGAAAAUUUGAAGUUAAGGGAUAUCAGAAGGUCUGAAUAUACUUAAAUACUUCCAGAAAAUUUAAAGUUGACAGAUAUCAGAAGGUCACAAGAACUACAAAUGUGGAAGCAGACACUGUUAUGAGCAACUACAAUCCUCCCAUAGAAUGCUGCUCAAUACUGGCACACAGACCAGAGGUAGCCAGCAGUACACAAGACUGCAAGGCAACAAGUACAUUAUCAAUGAAUUAGCCAUCUAUCACUCAAACUAUGUCCCGCACUGGAAGUGUGUCAAGCAAGAGCACCUUCGACAACACUUUUCGGCCACAACUAAUGAUCAUCUCCACUGAUGCCUCAGCAGAAAGGAUAACAUUCAGCCAAUCCUGCUUAGGUGUCCAAACGGCUCAAUCUUGGGCCAAAGGACAUGCUCUGAAAUAUUUCUUACACCAUACUUCAUCUUGAUAUGCACAGCCAGUUCUCUUACUCAUUCUUUGUGACCACUGGAGGUAGUGAUUUUUAACAACAGUAAACAAGAAAAAGUCAUCAGGACUCUAACUGUAAAACCCCCAACAUUCAAAAGACUGGUUUAGUUGAACAGCAAAAAAAUAAAUAAAAAUUAAAAUUAAAAAAAUUAGAAUUUAGCUCAAACACUCAAAAAUUGCCCUGCCUAAUGUGGGUCUGAUGAAUAAAUGCUGAUAAAAUACUACUGAGUGUCAGCAAAGUACUGUGACUAAUCCUGCCCUAAUUUCUCUUGAGUCUAUAUUCUCAGGGAAAUGUACCAACACCCAACCUUCUGCUGUUAGUUCCUGACUGUGCACUGCUUUUUCCUCACUUUGGCAUCUCUCCACCCCCAAACAAAUCCAACUCGAUUCUUGAAACCAAAUUAGUUUCACUUUACAAAACCUUUCGUAGCACCUUUCAGCUCUGUAGCCCCCCAUUGGCUCAUUAAUCUGUUCUGUCCAGAAACUUUUUUUUUUUGAAACGGAGUCUUGCUCUGUC